CGUCGAUUCUUACGGAGACCGUCGAUUAGUAGGGCUCAAGGUUUUCGCAACUUCCUUUUCCGGUUUGUACACUAAUAUGAACCAUGAGUGACAACACAGCAACAAUUCGCACCAGGAAGUUCAUGACCAAUCGUCUGUUAUGUCGGAAGCAGAUGGUUGUUGAUUGUCUCCAUCCCGGCAAAGCCACAUUAGCUAAGACAGAGGUGCGAGAAAAGCUGGCACGCAUGUACAAGACCACACCUGAUGUCAUUUUCUGCUUUGGUUUUAAAACACAGUUUGGUGGAGGAAAAACAUCAGGCUUUGCCCUCAUAUAUGACAGCUUAGACUUUGCAAAAAAGUUUGAACCAAAAUACAGACUUGCUCGACAUGGAUUAGUUGAGAUUAAAAGAACAGGUAGAAAACAGAGAAAAGAAAAGAAAAACAGAGUAAAGAAAGUAAGAGGGACAAAAAAAGCAAAAGUUGGAACUGGCAAAAAGUAAACAUCAAGAAUGUGGGCAUGCUGACAUGGACAUCUUUGUGUUUUACAUGUACAUAUUCGUGUCAUAAAGAGAAAAAUCUUA